GCUGCAGUAACUACGUGGUCGCAAUAUUACGGAAAUGUAAACAUGCACAGAUAAUUCUCAGUUAAAUUUUCCAUAUUUGGUGCUUAGAGUUAAACAUUUUAGCCUUAUCAUUAUACUAUUCCAAAAUAACUUACAUCUGAGUUAAUAUCUGAUAACUAACGCUCCUACUGCAAGAUUUUUAUUUUUCUGUCACUGUAGUGAAGAUAGGCAAAAGCGUCACCGAGUGCUGUAGAAUUCAAGUCUGUUAAUGGCGGACGCUAAUAAUUUUGGAAGUUUCGUGAUUCUAUUGUUCUGUUUUUGAAUAUUUCAUCUAUCUAUAGAUUAGGGCAUGAGUUUUGCAAUCAGUGAUCGCAUCGGUAGUGUUGUAAAUGUGAAAGUGCUAUGAAAUGUUCAGUGUGAACAUGACAAAAGCGCCCGCUAGAUAUGUAACCUUUUCCAUAACCUCGUUUACGCCAAUGGAGUAGAUAUGUGAUCGAUGUGUGUGCGUCGGUGAACGAUUUUUCGUCAGUUUCGCGUUACAAUUUGUGCAAAGUUUAUUGGCAUAAUAGUGAUGGAAGUGUCCGCGUCGCGGUUUUGCAAUCCGACGCCCGUUUUCGAUGUAACGUAAGUGAGCCGGUCGAUCGCUAGAGCGAGUGUAAGCAGGGACGGCCGCUACCAGCCGAACAUGGCUGCGACGCAGGCAGAGUCUCAGCGUAGCGAAGUGAACGUAGAUCAGAGUCCAACGGAGCAGCUCGGUGAAUCGCGGAGCGCUCUAUUACAAAACGGCACUGACAAGAGCGUAGGGCGCGUUCCGCCCGAUGGCGUUGUGAACACAAAGAGUAAAUCGCCGAUGUCGGCCGAUCCGGGGCAGCCACGCGACAGUGGCGAGGCGCCCGGCCACGACCGGGGCGGCGAGAGGCCGGGGCCCGACCAGUACGGCCAGUAUCGGUACCCAGAGGGCGCAGACCCGUAUUAUGCCGCGAGGCCUGGAUUUCCCGGCAAACCGCGGCCGCCGCCGCAGCAGAGGUUCUUCCCGGGGCAGCCUGCGUCACAGGCACCAGGCCCGACGCCCACACUCAAUUCGUUGUUACAAUCGAGCGGUGCACCGCCACACCGCUACCCCAAUAGCUACGACCAGCCGCCGGCGGGCUACGGGCCCGCGCCCGGCUGGCCACCGCCGCGACCGAUGCCUCCUUAUAAUCCCCAAGGAGGACCUUACAGAAAUUCUACGCCGGCGAGGGGAUAUGGCGGUCCUCCGUACGGCGGGCCCGGCGGUGGGCAGCAGCCCGGUUACGGCCCGCCCGGCGCGUACCCGCAACGGUACCCGCCACCGCCUAACUCGCGACCACCCUUCUCACCGCAUCAGGGCUACGAACGCGGCGGAUCCCCGCAGCCGCCGAGCCACCCGUCAGGCGCGCCAAGCCCGGGCGCCGCACCCGCCGCCGGGCCGCUCUCGCCCUCGCACGACACGCAGCACCCGCCACAUCUGCCGCCCGCCUCACAGCCACCGCACCAGGGCUACCCGCCGCCGCCGAGACCCCCGCAGCCGUCCACGCCUAAUGCACAUGAUCCUGAUUCGGAUCUGACAGGUCAGAACAGCAAUGACUCGGGCGGCAGCGGCAGCGGCGGAGCGGGGCGCGCGACCACGCCGCACCUGAGACCCACGCCCAGCCCCACCGGCUCCAGCGGCUCGCGCUCCAUGUCACCGGCUGUCGGAACUCAAAACGUACCUAUGCCCCCGCGGCCGUCGUCAUCACUGUCGGACGGCGGCGGGCCGGCGGCGCGCGGCGCAGGCCCCGCGGGCGCAGCGCCCGGCGCCAUGGUGGCGCAGCCCUACCAUCACGCGUACAAGGCGGCGCACUACCCGCCGCAGCCCUACGGUUACCCGCCGCGCAACCACCACCCCUACCCCUACGCUGGUUACCGGCCUGCACCACCGCCGCAUCCCCCGCACCCGCCGCAACACUAUCCGCCACUCAAGGGAGCGCGACAUAUGGGUCCUCCGGGCGAGGCAAUGCCGCCCCCGGUGGCGCCUGGCGAGCAUGAUAACGGGCCUGCCGCGCCCGCCACCGCCCUCGUCACCACAGGUCCCGACGGUGCGCCGCUCGACGAGGGCAGCCAGCAGAGCACGCUCAGCAACGCCUCCGCCGCGUCGGGCGAGGAGCAGUGCGGGUCGAAAGGGCGUAAAGAGGUGGGCGCGGGGGGCGCGGGCAGCGCGGCGCCCUCGCCCUCGCCCGGCGGCGGCUCGCACUCCUCCAUGCACGAUGACUACGACGCGCCCGCCACCUGGCGCCCGCCUUCUAGUCCCGUGUUUAACAGUCACAUACCGCCGGAGUCCUACAGAUCAAAGAAGUCGGACUCGCUGGGCAAGCUGUACGAGAUGGAUGACGCGCCGGAGCGCCGAGGCUGGGUGGAGCGGCUGCUGGCCUUCAUGGAGGAGAGGCGCACGCCCAUUGCCGCCUGCCCCACCAUAUCCAAGCAGCCGCUGGACCUCUACCGGCUGUAUCUGCUAGUACGCGACCGCGGAGGAUUCGUUGAGGUCACAAAGAACAAAACGUGGAAAGAUAUAGCGGGUCUGUUGGGGAUUGGCGCAUCGUCGUCAGCGGCCUAUACCCUGAGGAAGCACUACACAAAGAAUCUGCUCGCAUAUGAAUGUCACUUUGACCGCGGUGGGAUCGAUCCCCAGCCUAUUAUCAAUCAAGUUGAAGCCUCGACUAAGAAGAAGGGAGGCAAAUCUAAUAAUACUGCUAGUGCUGCAGGGUCAUCAAACUCGCAAGAUUCAUUCCCGUCAGCAGGCGGCGGCGGCGCGCCCGCGGCACCCGGCAUGGACGGCUACGGCGCUCAGUACGCUGGCUACCCCCCACCAAACACGCAGCCGCAGGGCGGCGGGCCGGGCGGGGACAACCUCGCCGCCUCCAACCCCUUCGACGAGCCGCCGGGGCCGCGCAGACCCCCAGGUUACCAACAAGGAUACGGGUACGAAUAUGGAUCUCCAUACCCAUCAAAUAGGCCUGUUUAUCCUCCAUAUGGUCCAGAAGGUGACAGAGCGUACGGCAGCGGCGAGUACCGGUACGGGGGGUACGCGGGCGGGUACCGUGCGGGCGCGCCUCCGCCCCCCGGCACCCCGCCCCCCGCGCAGCCCUACCCCGACUACUACCGCGCCCAGCCCGCCCCGCAUCCGCACCCGCAGCACCCCCAACACCCCCAGCACCCUCAACAUCCCCAACACCCUCAACAUGCGCCCCACGCGCCGCACGCGCAGCACUCGCCGCACCCCCAGCAUCCGCAGCACACGCCCCCCAUUGAGAUGUCUGGCGGCGCGCAGCCGGCGGUCGGUAGCCUAAUGAGCUCGCAGCUCGCUCGCCAGCUGGUGGCGCCGCUGCCCAACAGCGCGCGGCCCUACGUACGGACCGGGGCGGCGGGCGCGGGCGCUGCGGGCGCGGGGCCAGCGGGCGCACCGCGCAGGCACCCGGACUUCGCGAAGGGCGAGCCGUUCUCUGCGGGCGGCGCGCGCUUCCCCGGCCCGGGCCCCUGGGGCGCCGGCUUUGCCCGCUCGCCCGCGCCGCAGCCCGCCUGGCGCGCACCGCUGCCCGCCUCGCCCGCGCAGCCGCCCGCCUGGCCGCCGCACCAGCCCUACCAGCCGCCGAGUUCGGUGCAGGCCGGGGGAGCGGGCCAGAUCAAGCGAGAGUUGACUUUCCCCCCGGAGUGCGUCGAGUCCACGGUGCCCACCGGCGAGAAGCGGCGUCGGCUCACCAAGGCGGACGUGGCGCCCGUCGACGCCUGGCGCAUCAUGAUGGCGCUGAAGUCCGGCCUGCUAGCGGAGACUUGCUGGGCGCUAGAUAUCCUCAACAUACUGCUCUUCGACGAUAACUGUAUAAGUUACUUCGGCCUGCAGCACAUGCCGGGCCUGCUGGAUCUCUUGCUGGAGCAUUUCCAUCGGAGUUUGAGCGACGUUUUCGACGCCCCGAUGCCGGAGAACGAACCGUGGUACGCGACGCCGACGACUGCCGAGCCACCGGCGAAAGUCAGGCGGAGAGCGGAGCCCCCCGACCCCGCCGACCGCGUGCGCGUGCUCUCCGGCGAGAAUUACACGCUGCAAUCUCGUCGGCGGCACACCGUCGUACACAAGAGCGACGAGGACCUGUUUGCGCCAGACGAGUGCGAAUCCGACAGCGAGCGCGUCGAGGACGUGCUGGAGCCGUGGCAGUUCGGCGGCGACUCGGCGGGCGCCGCCCACGUCGUGCCCUGCUUCCGCGGAGAGUUCCUGCCGCUGCCCUUCGUGCGCCUGCUGCCGGGCGACAGGCCGCCCUCGCCCCCCGCACCUCCGGCGCCCGCCGCGCCCCCUCAGACGCCACCCGAUCAUGACGUUCAGGCGUCCGACUCCACGCAGGCACCGGACACGCCGACGCCCACACCGACGCCGCCCGACACAGACGCGGACAACCUCGAAGCCGAACCCAUGGACCUGGAGCCGGAGCGGCGGCCGACGCUCCUCAUCCGCGACCCCGCCGGGGUGCUCAAGCGGCGACGCCUGGAGGACUACGAGGACGAGUGCUACACGCGUGACGAGCCCAGUUUGAACCUGGUCAACGAGACCCGCGACGCCCUGUCCAAGCGUUGCAUCGCGCUCUCGAACAUCCUCCGUGGGCUGACCUUCGUGCCCGGCAACGAGGCGGAAUUCUCCCGAUCGAGUGCUUUUCUGGCGCUGGCGGGUAAGCUUCUCCUGUUGCAUCACGAGCACGCCCCGCGAGCGGCGCGGGCGCGCGCGUACGAGCGGGCGGCGCGCGACGAGGCCGACGUGGAGGCGUGCUGCUCCAGUCUGCGCGGCGAGAGCGAGUGGUGGUGGGACACGCUGGCGCAUCUCCGCGAGGACGCGCUCGUCUGCUGCGCCAACAUCGCCGGCAGCGUCGAGCUGGCCGGUCAGCCGGAGGCCGUGGCGCGCCCGCUGCUGGACGGGCUGCUGCACUGGAGCGUGUGUCCCGCCGCCGUGGCCGGAGACGCACCGCCGGCCGCCGCGCCCGGUUCGCCGCUCUCCCCGCGCCGGCUGGCGCUCGAGGCGCUCUGCAAACUGUGCGUCACGGACGCGAACGUGGACCUGGUGCUGGCGACGCCGCCGCGCGGGCGGGUGGCGCAGCUGUGCGCGGGGCUGGCGCGCGACCUGUGCCGGCCGGAGAGGCCGGUGGUGCGCGAGUUCGCGGUCAACAUCCUGCAUUACCUGGCGGGCGCUGGGGGAGCGGCGGCGCGCGAGGUCGCGCUGCACGCGCCCGCGGUGGCGCACCUCGUGGCGUUCAUCGAGCGCGCGGAGCACGCUGCACUGGGCGUGGCCAACCACCACGGCGUUGCAGCGCUGCGCGACAACCCGGACGCGAUGGGCACGUCGCUGGACAUGCUGCGACGUGCGGCCGCCACGCUGCUGCGGCUGGCCGAGCACCCGGAGAACCGGCCGCUGAUCCGCCGACACGAGCGCCGCCUGCUGUCGCUCGUCAUGAGUCAGAUCCUGGACCAGAAGGUGGCGCACGAGCUGGCCGACGUGCUGUACCAGUGCAGCCAGCGCGCCGACGAGCCGCGCGCCGAGCAGUAGACGCGCGCCGGACAGUGCGGCAGUGCAGUAGUGCGGCAGUGCGGCAGUGCGGGCAGUGCGCGGGACGCGAGAGGACGCGAGUGCUACCGAGGCGGUACGUGUAUAUAGAGUGGGUGGACGUCACUUAUAGCGGUCGAGUGUUAGUCUGUACAAUGCGAUUCUUUUUGUUAUUUAUGUCCAUGAUGAUUUAUUUACAAGAAUGUCAAUGUGCUAUAAUCGAUAUCUUUUGUUCGAUUGAGAAACAGAUGUAUUAUAACUCGUAAUUUUGAUUUUUAUAAUAAAAUGGGACUUGAAUCUGUUUAUUGGUUUUAUGAUGGAGAUUUAUACCGAGUACCUUUGGCACCUCCGUCUCCGGGAGAAGUGAAGCAGUAGCGGCGAGGAGCUUAUGUGGGCUAUAAGUUUUAAUUAAGUUUAAUGUGAAUUAUUACAAUAAUCUAUAAUAUAUUGAAAUUGAAUCUGAAUUCUUUUCUUUCCAAUUGGCAUUUUUAACUAACUUCUCCUUUCGAACAAAAUUAUCUUCCCCAAUUGAAAUCAUUUUUAAUGAAAACACUUUGUAUAAUACUUUGUU